CACCUGGCAAGAUGACGGACUCAACUGAUCCAGGAAAUGACAGCGCACCUGUAACAGUGAAGGAUGUUGGGAUUGGCAUGGACACAGAUAACACACUAGACUUUGAAGACAACUGCUGGAGCUCUGCGAUCAUGCGUUUACAGAAUUCAGUCAGCAGAUUCAUUGAAAAGCACAAGGGUAAAAUGGUUGCUGUUGUCAAAGGACUGCUGUUGCUGCUUUACCUCGCCUACUUCGGGUAUUGUAUGUACUACAAAUUUGGAGACGAAGGGUCCAUUCGUCUGAUGGUUGGAACAGUAUUUGGAGCUCUGUACAUGGUGAACAAAACAACCAAAGACAUGUGCAAAUUCACCUGCCUUGGACGAUGUACGUCAGUUUUGGAAGGAAGGAAGAAGGCACUCACAGUGCGACGAUGGAUCAGAAGGGGCCUGUACCUGCUGGUGAGCGCCGGGGUGGCUGUGUACAUAGGACUGGACGUGGUCAGGUACAACCCCCAGAAUAUCCAGGCACUUCUGGGCGUAGGAAUCUUUAUGUGUCUUGGGUUUGUCUUCUCCACCAAUCCCGCCAAGGUGAACUGGCACCCCGUGUUCUGGGGUAUUGCGGUUCAGUUUGUGUUCGCCCUGCUUAUUCUACGGACGCCCUGGGGGUAUGGGGUGUUUGAGUGGAUUGGACACCGUGUGGAGGAAUUCAUAAACCACGCUAAUGCUGGAGCAGAGUUUGUGUUCGGGAAGUCCUUCCGGGAUCACAGGAUAGCUUUUGCUGUGAUGCCAGGGGUGUUGUUUUUCAACGCCUCGAUAUCCGUGUUGUACCACAUGGGUGUGCUUCAGGCGAUCAUGAAUAAACUCGGGUCCUUCCUGUCCUUCUGUCUGGACUGUGGGCCCAUCGAGUCUGUGGUAGCCUCGGCGAACAUCUUCAUAGGCCUGGCUGAAGUGCCUCUCUUGGUCCGACCGUAUUUGAAGCAUGUGACGGAAUCAGAACUUCAUGCCAUCAUGACGUGUGGUUUCGCCAGCGUCAGUGGCGGCAUCUUGGGGUCAUACAUACAACUCGGAGUUCCCGCCAACCAUCUGUUGUCCGCUGCUGUGAUGUCUGCCCCCGCCGCUCUCGCCAUCACCAAACUCAUGUGUCCAGAAACAAAGAAGUCGUACUUCAGAGAUGGAGUGAAGAUGGAACUGGGACUAGAAAAGCAUCGUAACAUCCUCUCCGCUCUGUCCAGCGGUGCCGUUGAGGCUGUCAAAAUCAUUGCCAACAUUAUCGCGAGCAUGAUCGCCUUCGUCGCCAUGUUGAGGUUUGUUGACAAGACCCUGGAGUGGUUCGGAAGACAGGCAGGAUUCUCUAGCCUUUCAUUUGGGCUGGUGUGUUCCUAUCUGUUCUACCCCAUCUCCUACGUGAUGGGCGUGGCCACCCAGGAUUGCGGGAAGAUGGGGGAGCUGUUGGGCAUCAAGAUCUUUGGCACCUCUACCAUCAGUUUCAGUCAACUCGGGAUACUGAGAAGAAACCGCCAAGAGCUUCUUGACUAUGUGACCACGCAUAACGACACGUGGCACUGGCAGGGUAGUGACGUCAUACUCGAGGCAACCAAUCAGACGCUCCUUUAUGGAAUCGUUGGUGAACGGACGGAAGUAAUAGCUACCUACGCUCUCUGUGGGUUCUCCACCGUCACCGCUAUAGGUGUCACACUGGGGACACUGAUUCCCAUUGCACCUGAACGGAAAGAGGAUAUUGUCAGACUCGUCAUCCGGGCCCUUAUUGCGGGAAACGCAGCCUCGUUCAUGACAGGUUCCAUUGCAGGGUUGCUGUACAACGGGCAGAUGUUGCAGUGACGUUUGUUACAAUGACCAGACCUGCUUCCUGUAACUCAACCACUCACUCGCAUUCUCUCUCAUUCACAAUACGCUCACACCCGGUUACGCGUUCUUGUAUCGACUGAUGGGAUCGGGAGACUCGCUGACUUGGUUGAUUGCAUGUCAUCGUAUCCCAAUUAUGUAGAUCGAUGCUAAUCACCGGAUCUUCUGGUCCAGACACGAUUAUUUACAGACCGCCGUUAUGUCGCUGAAACAGCAAACUCACACUGUCAUUUAAUUCUUGAAAGUCUGCAUUGUUCUUAUGCUGGAAUAUGGGUUAUAAAGUUACGAUAUUUUGUCAUGUCAAUCGUGAAAAACUAUAAAGAAAGGUUACAUACAUGGGAAUUAGGAAUCCUGAUUGAUGCAUACACUGAAAAAUCACUGAAUUCACUGAAAACUAUUUCACAUCGGUCUUGGCAAAAGUAGUUAAUAAACCUUUUAAAGAAAGGUUGAUUCCAGGACAGUGUAGGAUCUGCCCAUUACACAAAUCAGUUGAUAAGAACAUGACAGAAAACCAGAUACACUGCAUCAGGUGAUGACCAGAUUCAUGAAAUGAUGCCUAAUUAAUUCUACAGGUACUCUUUCCGAACUAUGUAUUCACCCCAAACACUUACAAAAACUGUGUGAGUAGCGGGGGCGACUAUUGGAGCACCACACGCUUACCCUUUUCGAGAACACCUGACAUCAUCUCUAUAUGAUAGUGACACAUUAUAUUGAUUAACACAUUAUCAUGAUAUUGUCGGAAUCAUACAAUCGACUGAGCUUUCUUAUAGUUAUGUCAUGAAAGGGUUUUGUCUCUUGUAUCAUGUUAGAAAUGAAAUGUUUAUCCUACCAGAAUGUCCGAACAUUAGUCUCUGUAGAUAUCUGGGGUAUGUGAUACUGUUAUACAAAAAACACACUUGAACCAUUUGCCAUAACCCCGGGAUGAGAUAAGUACAGUGUACAGAUACCAAACACUGAUAUGUACAGGUGGCUAUUUCACAAAUGUAACCAGAAUACGGACUUAGCCCCUUGAUGUGUGAUUCCGUGAUAUGUUGUUGUACCAUGUACUUCUUUUAGAUAAAUGUUUAACUUAUG